AAUCAUUACACUGGGUAAAAGAGUAACUUCUGACCUGCACGGUCUCAAACAGAGUACGGAGAAGAGCAGCGGUCGUUCGUCGAGAUCUGCAGCGUCACAGAAGAACGACACUAGAACCUGACAGAAAAAAAAACAACUCAAAACGAGAAGUGAACUCGAACGAACCUGAGAGAAAACGGAGCCUUUGUUUUCAGAAGCAGCAGGGAGCCGAACCGGAGGAAAAGAUGAUGAGUUUUCUGCCAUACUUCUCCGCUGAGACCUGGACCCUCCUGGCCCUCCUCAUCACCCUCAUUGUAGUGUACGGGUACGGGCCCUAUGGUGUAUUCACUAAGAUGGGUAUCCCUGGUCCCAAACCCCUACCUUACUUUGGCACAAUGAUGGAGUAUAGAAAGGGCAUCACUAACUUUGACACAGAGUGCUUUCAGAAGUACGGGAGAAUCUGGGGGAUCUAUGAUGGGAGGCAGCCUGUUCUGUGCAUCAUGGACAAAAGCAUUAUCAAGACCGUCCUGAUUAAAGAGUGUUACAACAUCUUUAUCAACCGCAGGGACUUCCAUCUGAAUGGUGAGAUGUUCGAUGCGUUGUCCGUUGCCGAGGACGAUACAUGGAGACGGAUCCGCAGUGUCCUCUCACCUUCCUUUACCUCUGGACGACUGAAAGAGAUGUUUGGUAUCAUGAAGCAGCACUCUGCUAACCUGCUGAACGGAAUGAAGAAGCAGGCAGAUAAAGACCAGACCAUCGAAGUGAAGGAGUUCUUUGGGCCCUACAGUAUGGACGUGGUCACCAGCACAGCCUUCAGUGUGGACAUUGACUCUCUGAACAACCCUUCAGACCCCUUCGUCUCCAACGUCAAGAAGAUGAUCAAGUUUGACCUUUUAAACCCACUGUUCCUCCUAGUCGCUUUGUUUCCCUUCACUGGUCCUAUCUUGGAGAAGAUGAAGUUUUCUUUCUUCCCGACUGCGGUGACAGACUUCUUUUACGCCUCGCUGAUUAAGAUCAAAUCUGGACGUGACACUGGGAACUCAACUAGUCGGGUGGAUUUCUUACAGCUGAUGAUCGACUCUCAGAAAGGCAGCGACACAAAGACAGGAGGGGAACAGACUAAAGGACUGACUGAUCAUGAGAUCUUGUCUCAGGCCAUGAUCUUCAUCUUCGCCGGCUACGAGACCAGCAGCAGUACUAUGAGUUUCCUGGCCUACAACCUGGCAACCAACCCCCAUGUCAUGACCAAACUGCAGGAGGAGAUAGAUACUGUGUUCCCCAACAAGGCUCCAAUCCAGUACGAAGCUCUGAUGCAGAUGGACUAUUUGGACUGUGUGUUGAACGAGUCUCUGAGACUGUACCCCAUCUCCCCGCGACUGGAGAGGGUCGCCAAGAAGACGGUGGAGAUUAACGGCAUCGUCAUCCCCAAAGACUGCGUUGUCCUGGUUCCCACGUGGACCCUCCACCGUGACCCAGAGAUCUGGUCCGACCCUGAGGAGUUCAAACCAGAGAGGUUCAGUAAGGAGAACAAGGAGCCUAUUGAUCCGUACACGUACAUGCCGUUUGGGGCGGGGCCCAGGAACUGUAUCGGGAUGCGCUUCGCCCUGAUCAUGAUCAAACUGGCCAUGGUCGAGAUCCUCCAGAGUUUCACUUUCUCCGUCUGCGACGAGACCGAGGUGAGACGUGUCGUGGAAAUUUCCUCUAUUUCCCAAAUCAUGGGAGCAAACCACAAGUCAGAGUUUAUAAAAGUCCAUCUUUAACUAUAUAAGCUCUAUAGCAUUUUGACUUUCAACAGUUCAGUAUCUCUAAUGAUAGUUGAGAGUGUCCCCACACACUGGCAAAAUGGGAUCCUUUAUAGCAAAGAUCACACAUAGUCAGACAGCAUAGACAUAAUUCAUCGUUCAGCUUUGUCUCCUUUCCCAAACCCCAGAACCAUAAACCAAUCCUCCAAAUCAACAGGCAUAUAUCAAAUUGUCAUUUAGAUACAACCAACUCAAAAUACAACCAAACCUGGACAAACUCACGGAGAGGAGGUGAGUCUCUUGGUUAAGAUAAAAACAACAUAACAUGAGCAUAGAAUGAUUCCAGACACUGCCACCCUCCUUUCCCCACUGGGAAAGGUAGGGAGUAAAAUAUAUGUUUACACAUGAUGACACUUUGACCUCUCCCCUCUCUGUGGCCCAUGCAACUUAGUUUUGACAUAGAACAGAUAACUGCAACCUCGCCACAGUAUUAUACAAAAAUACCCUUCUGAUGAGAAAUAAACACACAUAUUUGAUAAAUAUAAAACAUAGUACUAUUGUUACCAACAAAUUCUGAAUCUUCCACGACAGACG